AUGCUUGUUAGGACAACAACUUGCCCGUUAGCCUGGAAGAGUCUUAUGCAUUUUUCGAGCGUAGCGAUGCGCCGUAUAUAUGCUAAUUCAGUAAUAUUUUUGCUUGUUGUUGCUGCUUUCUGUCACUCAUAUCAUAAGCACCUGCCAGUCGAGGACGUCGUGUCACUCUAUCCGGAGAGUGACCCCACUAAUCCACCAAUUGCAGCACCAACUUGUCCACCGCGAGCUGCGCCAACUGCUCUGAAAUUAUUCUUCUCAAACACUGUUUUUCUUAAUGUCUGCUAG